CUUUAGAGAUGGAGCACAGUUGCUGUCAGGAUUAAUCACAAAGCCGGACUAACCGGAAGUAGGUAACCCGCGAGAUUCGGGCGCAUAAAGAUGAGCGGCGACUCGGACGGGAAUCAGGAGUUUCAUGAGCAGCUUCGGCUGCAGGAGCUGUAUGGUCAGAGGAGGGAUGAUGGAGAUGAUCCGUACACAUACGUCGACCCUGAGGACGGCACCGUCUACGACUGGGACCACGACAAGAAGGCCUGGUUUCCAAAGAUAACGGAGGACUUCAUGGCUGCGUAUCAGGCAAAUUAUGGCUUCAGUGAAGAUGCAGCUUCAGCAGCGGCAGGAGAACCUCAGCCUGAAAAACCUAAAGAGGAGACAGAGAAAGAGGAGAAGCAGGAGGAGGAAGUGACAGACUCGGGUACUAAAGAGGAAAAGAAGAAAGGAGAGAAGAGGAAAGCGGAACCAGGCUGGUUCGAUAUUGAGAAAGAGAAAAACACAAAUGUUUAUGUGUCAGGUCUCCCCCCUGAUAUCACUCCUGAUGAGUUUGUGGAGUUAAUGUCUAAAUGUGGAAUAAUAAUGAGAGACCCGAUGACAGAGGAGUAUAAAAUUAAAUUGUAUAAAGACAGUGAGGGGAAUCAGAAAGGAGACGGACUCUGCUGUUACCUGAAGAGAGAGUCGGUAGCUCUGGCUGAGCGUUUGUUGGACGAUUAUGAGAUCCGAGGUUACCGGCUGCACGUUGAAGCGGCUCGCUUUGAGCUGAAAGGCCAAUACGACGCCAGCAAAAAGAAAAAGAAGACCAAAGAAUAUCGGAAAAAACUGCAGAAGCAGCAGAAGCAGUUGGACUGGAGACCUGAGAAGACAGGAGAAGCACGUAAGAGACACGAGCAAGUGGUGAUCAUCCAGAACAUGUUCCAUCCCACUGACUUUGAGGAGGAUCCACUGGUGUUGAAUGAGUACCGAGAGGACCUGCGCUCAGAGUGUGAGAAAUUUGGGGAGGUAAAGAAGGUCAUCAUAUUUGAUAGACACCCUGACGGCGUGGCCUCCGUGGCAUUUAAGAACCCAGAAGAGGCGGAUAUGUGUGUGGCAGCUCUGAACGCACGCUGGUUUGGAGGAAGACAGCUUUCAGUUCAGCUGUGGGAUGGAGCCACUGACUACCAGGUGGACGAGACUGUGAGGGAGAGAGAAGAGAGGUUAAAAGGUUGGUCGACUUUUCUGGAAGAUGAAAAGGCACAAGAAAAGAAUUUAAAAGGAGGAGAGGGAGCGGCAGAGGCAGGACAUCAGGAAAAGGAGAAAGUGAAACAGCAGGAAGAGGAGAAAGAGAAACAACAGGAAGAUGAAGAAGAGAAACGACAGGAAGAGGAAGAAAAAAUGGAAGAGAAGGAGGAAGCGACCGUUGAAUCCACUGACAGUAGUUUGGCUGGCAGCGAUGAUGAGUCUUAAGGGUGUGUGUGUGUGUGUGUGUGUGUGUGUGUGUUUUGAUGUAUAGUUUA